CGGGCCCGCCCGCGCAGAGUCGAGCGGAGCCAAGCGGCCGGGGCUGGGCGCGACCCGGGCCAGCGUAGGCGCAGGAGCGGGCGGAGCUGCUUCGUAGGCUAUGCUGAGGCUGACGGCCGCCGGGGCUCGAGCCAUCGUGGACAUGUCGUACGCCCGUCACUUCCUGGACUUUCAGGGCUCCGCCAUCCCCCGAACCAUGCAGAAGCUGGUGGUGACCCGGCUGAGCCCUAACUUCCGCGAGGCCGUCACCCUGCGCCGGGACUGCCCAGUGCCGCUCCCCGGGGACGGAGACCUCCUCGUCCGGAACCGAUUCGUUGGUAUUAAUGCAUCUGACAUCAACUACUCUGCUGGCCGCUAUGACCCAUCCGUGAAGCCCCCCUUUGACAUAGGUUUUGAAGGGAUUGGUGAGGUGGUGGCCUUAGGCCUCUCUGCUAGUGCUAGGUACACGGUGGGCCAGGCCGUGGCUUAUGUGGCUCCGGGAUCCUUUGCUGAGUAUACAGUGGUGCCUGCUAAGGUUGCCUUUCCCCUGCCUUCAGUGAAACCCGAGUAUCUCACUCUGCUUGUUAGUGGCACCACUGCCUACAUCAGCCUGAAAGAGCUCGGAGGGCUGUCAGAAGGGAAGAAAGUCUUGGUGACAGCGGCCGCUGGGGGGACAGGCCAGUUUGCUGUGCAACUUUCUAAGAUAGCCAAGUGCCAUGUCAUUGGAACCUGCUCGUCGGAUGAAAAGUUAGCUUUUCUGAAAUCCAUUGGGUGUGAUCGCCCCAUCAACUACAAAGCAGAGGCCUUGCAGACAAUCCUGAAGCAGGAGUACCCUGAGGGUGUCGAUGUAGUCUACGAGUCUGUUGGGGGAGCCAUGUUUGACCUGGCUUUGGAUGCCCUAGCCACCAAAGGGCGUUUGAUAAUAAUUGGGUUUAUCUCUGGCUACCAGAGCCCUGCGGGUCUUUCACCUAUAAAAGCAGGAGCUCUGCCAGCCAAGCUCCUGAAGAAGUCUGCCAGUCUCCGAGGUUUCUUUCUGAACCAUUACUUCUCCAAGUACCAGGCCGCCAUGGAACACUUGCUGGAGCUGUACACUCGUGGGGAUUUGGUCUGUGAGAUGGACCUGGGACAUCAGGCUCCAGAGGGAAGGUUCAUUGGCCUGGAUUCCAUAUUCCGGGCUGUUGACUAUAUGUACACUGGGAAAAAUACGGGAAAACUUGUGGUUGAAUUACCUCACUGUGUUAGUAGUAAGCUAUGACAGCAGAACAGUGACACAAACCAUAGGAGAAAGAAAACAAAUGCUCCAUGCCUUAGAUUGAACAAAAUAUAUCUUAAAACAAAAGUAUAGUGUUAAUGAAUUCUGCUCCCCCCUCCUUGGGGGUAAAAAUAAUGUGCCUCAAUAAAAGUUCUCUCUAUAGCUAAGAGGUAAAACGUUUACAUUUGGUUCUUUAGUCAUGGACGGUCUCAUUCCAGAUUUUAUUGUUCCAGGGAAGUAAAUUAAUUCCUGAUGUGAGACCUGAUCGAGUCAGUAUGUCCCCAGCUUGAUGAGAUUUUUUUAAAUCAGUCUUCAAAUAGCUCACCAAGGCUCCUUUGCUUUGGAAACAGCUGCUCCUAAGUACUCCACAGGUGAACAGGUAGUGCCGGUCAGCCUGGCAUUCUCAUGGUCCAUAUGCUUAGCAAGGAGCCCCAACUAUCUAAACAGACAUUUGGGAAAGAAGUCUCCCAAGUUCUGGUAAGUCACUGGAAAAGUGAAUCAGCAAACUUGCAUGUCUUAAUGACAUAUCUGCUCUUUGGUGGCUUGAAUUCACAUCCUGGUAAGAUUGAUUGUGAAGAGUGUGUUCAUGUCUCAAGAAAUGACUGUUGGAAACCGUGGGUUUUAGAAGAUAAAGCUAUGGUUUAGGUUUAGGGGGACUUUGUGAAAACAAUUGUGUGCAGAGGAAGGGAAAAUUCUGUGCUACCUCCUCAGGAGGCUCAUGGAAUGCAAUAACAAGGAUCACAGGAGGGGUUCACUCUAGCACUUAAAGGUUAAAAGCAGCUCACUUCCUAUCCCCAAGGAGCAAAAGUCUCACAGUUCCAAACACAGUAGGCACCCAGUUCUUCUAAAAUCAACCCUCUGCUUCUCCUCAAAGGGUUGGUGUGGAAAGCUUGAUGUCUGGUGACAGGAAGGGAAUGGCGGUCAGGUAUCCUGUGUUCCCAUUUUGCUUCUGUGUUAGCGAGAAAUGAGCCACCUGCUCUAGUGCUGUGUCCUGGUGCAGUCCUGUCUGUCAGCCUACAUGCCGGCUUCUCUUCAAACUGCACCGUAUCUGAUCUGCUUGCCCUUCACCUUCGGUGCCCAAGGGCUGCCUGCCACUUUUGUCACGGGAUCAAAACCCCACGGUGCCUUUCUAAUUGAAGGUGAAGCCUGUCAGAUUGUUUUCCAGUCUUGGGUUUCAGUACAUCAAAUGUGCUCAAUAAAUGGGGAUGCAAUUAAGAGUACUCUUAUGAAAAGUUGGGGCCAGAUUUAAUUCCUUCCCUGCAUCUGAGGAGCAGAGAGAUCCUGUUUCUGAGUAGCUGUUAGUAUCUAUUUUACAAGAUUUACUCAUUUUCAGGUACCUAAUGUAGCUGCUAGCAUGCACGCACAACAAUACAAUUUAUAUGGUAAAUGGAACCAAAUAAUGGCUUCACUGAAUGUUAUGGCCGCACUGAAGGGAAAUGUCACGGUAAAUAGCUGCCAAAUUAUGGAUCAUGCUGAUGUGUCACAACUGCACUAAAGACAAAUAGCACUGGAGGCUAUUGCCACUGUGACGCUUUUGAGUUAUGAAGAAGGGUAGCAGCCUGACGCGAGGCUCUUUGUGUCCUCGUCAUAGCAAAGGGCUGCUGGUGCAGGGGACAAGCAAGGCUCGUCCAAUGUGGUGCACAGUUAUUAAUCUGUCCCUUUCAGACCUAGCCACUGUAGCAGGAAAGGCUGUGCUGUCUCUUCUGUAUACAAACAUAACAAACGGGGAGGGAGGGCAGAUUUUAUGAAUGUUCGUAUGCUCAGGAAAUGACUGGUAAUGGAAAAAUGUUGUAAUAAAAUAAUCUAAUCAAAGACUAUUAUUAAAUUUAACAUAGUAUGUGUC